AUGGAAUCUCUACUCUCGCCCGAGUCUGUCGAGGGCUCUGAUGGUUUCUGGGCACUGCAAGAUGGCCUCAAGGCCCAACGGCAGCUCGAUGCGUUGUUGAGAUUUGUCAAGGAUCAAACGCGGCUUAGAGCGACGGACUGGACAUUCAGAAAGCCGGACAGAACUGCCAACGGUGUUCCCUCGAGCGAGUUCGAUAUCGCGCGACUCUCUCUAUCGGAUACGACUCGAUCGGAUAGUCCUCCGAGUCCGAAGACCUCGCGCAAUGAAGCGGCACAUAACCCUGCUUCACGAAGCCGGAGGCCUACCCUGUCAGAUGCGAAUUCUCAACAGAGUCGAAAGUGUCCAGGGACCACCGACAAUUUUGUGUCUGUGCCAAGGUCACUCUCAGUCGGUAAUGAGACCCUUUCGCUCUAUUCCCAGGCCUGUUCGCUGCUCCUGCAAGGCCUAGAUAGUGACGGCGUCUUAUUACUUGAUGCACCUCGGGACCAGUCAAGAACCAGCUCCAGGAGGCCGUCUUGCAUUGAUCCCACAGAAAUGGGAAGUAUUGCGGAAUUUGCAAGCUUUCACCGUCGCUCUCCAAGCCUUUCAUCUCAAGGGGAUUGGUUAGACAAAGAGGCUGAAUUGUUGGGCUCGGCUUUUUCUGGAAACCACAAUACGAAGGCUCAUGAUGCGGCUUCCGUCAUAUUCUUACCCUUGUGGGACACGGAUAAGUCUCGGUGGAUAGCCGGCCUUGUCAUAUGGACUUCUCGGUACCAUUUCAAACAACAGGAUCUUGAAUAUGUUCGGGUUUUCAGUGGCACAAUCGUGUCAGAAGUGGCACAGAUCGACCGAGCUGCAACGAACAAAUCGAAAGACGAUCUCCUGUCGUCCGUAAGCCAUGAACUGCGGUCCCCUCUCCAUGGCAUGCUUGCGAAUUCCGAGUUGCUACAAUCCACCAACCUUGACCGCACUCAGCAUGAAAUGGUCGAGAUGAUCAAGACUUGUGGAAAUACCCUACUGGAAACGAUGAACCACCUUGGAUCUGGCAGCGACGCGGGACAGAUCGAUACUUUGACUUCCUGUUUUGACGUCGACAAACUCAUGGAGGACGUGACUGAGGUACUCUACGCUGGCCAUCGCUCACGGGGUAAUGCACCGGAAGCCGGGGGACUCUAUUUCUCUACUGGCACUAAAAGGCCAUCACAGUCGGUUUCCAACAAUCUCCUCUCCGUCGUCGUUCGUACUGAGGGUGCCCACUCUUGGAAGAUUCAUUCCAUACCAGGUGCGUGGAGACGAAUCAUCAUGGAUCUCGUGGGGAAUGCUUUGAAGUUCACCCGGUCUGGGUUGAUCGAAGUGUCCUUGUCCCAGACAGGAAAAUCGGAUAAUAGUUCCAGGGCGACCCACGCCGAGAUAAAAGUUACAGACACCGGGUGUGGAAUAUCGCGAGAGUACUUGCAAAACCAUAUCUUCAGUCCUUUCUCACAGGAACAGGUCCUGACAGAAGGCGUGGGAUUGGGACUGUGCAUUGCCCAUAAACUGGUAACUUACCUUGGCGGACAGAUUGACAUCAGCAGUGAGUUGGGUGUAGGCACGCAAGCUUGCAUUCGGAUCCCAAUCAGGUUUGCAGAUGAAGAGCAGGUAGUUGGCAAUUUUGGUCCGAAUGACGAUGGAACUUGCUGUGCGAAGAAAGUUUGUCUCGUGGACCUGAAUCCAGUCCUUCCGGAAGACCAGCAACUUCUUCUCCCCGAAGCCAAGCGAAAAAUUGCAGUCCGAGACGCACUGUGCAGUGCGCUCUCAACUAGAGAUGAUUGGGAAUUGCUGUUUGCUGACGAUAUGGACGACGCCUCGGGCGAUAUCGUAGUUUUGGAACAGUCGAAGCUGGAAAAACUCGCUAUCCCCGGGCCGUUGAAAACCACAUUCCGGUCUGUCGUCGUGCUCAGAAACCACAAUGUAUCUGCUUUCGAAGACUUGAAAUUGGAUGGUGUAGUCAAUAUUGCUUACAUCUCCCAACCACUCGGUCCACGCAAAAUCACCCAGGCAUUGAAACAGAUUGCAGAACCUGACGGGCUUAACUCGCGUUCUUUACGAAAUGACCAAAGUCGCGAGCACUCAAUAACAAUCCCCCCCGCUCCCAGUCUCGACUCCCCACCUGCUGUCAGGAACAGUGUAUCUUAUUUUUCAGCCGCGGAAGCAGGCCCACUACAGGGCGGACUGCACGUUUUGAUCGUGGAUGAUAACGACAUCAACCUCAAGGUUUUGUCUACAUUCAUGUCGAAAAUUGGAUGCUCCUACGACACCGCUUCAAAUGGACUAGUUGCCGUAGAGAAGUACCGACAAACGCAGCAAAAGUUCGACUACGUUUUGAUGGAUAUAUCGAUGCCGAUUAUGGAUGGAAUCACGGCAUCAAGGACGAUCCGCGAGUACGAAGAUGAGAGUCUGUUGGAGCGGUGUACCAUCAUGGCUGUCACGGGCGUGGCAUCGAGCGAUAUGCAGCAGCAAGCUUUUGCGGCCGGGAUGGACGAUUACCUGGUGAAGCCAUUGUCACUUCAUGAUUUGAAGCGGAUACUGGGCGUGAACUGA